AUGGGCAGGACUCCUCGCUGCUCUAAAGAUUCCACGCUCAACCGCGGGACUUGGACUGCUCGAGAAGAUUUCAUUUUAAGUGAAUACAUCAAAACUCAUGGAGAGGGCAGAUGGCGAUCAACCCCCCAGAAUACAGGUCUGAAGCGGUGCGGAAAGAGUUGUAGAAUGCGUUGGUUGAACUAUCUCUGUCCUGAUAUUAAGCGGGGGGACAUUUCACCUGAUGAAGAGGAUCUCAUCCUUAGAUUGCAUGGGCUCCUUGGCAACCGAUGGUCACUCAUUGCUGGACGGCUGCCAGGUCGAACAGACAACGAAAUAAAAAAUUACUGGAACACUCGUCUCAGCAGGAAGAGGCAGUCACUGCGACAGAAGAAAACCUUCCCGAAACUGCUUCUCCAGUUAAAGUAA